AUGCCUUUAUCUGAUUCAGAUGAUCGUUACCCUGGCCAUCGUUAUGGUAAAGAGAUUUCUGUGCAUGAUUCUUAUUCCUCCCGUGUUAUGAUCGAUCAUUAUGGGAUGAUGGGGCUUGAAGGUUACAAUCAUUUGAAGGGUACAAAGUUUGAGUUUGAUGGGGUAGAGAAGUUUCAGACACGAUCGUAUGAAGUUGGAUCUUACAAGAUAUUCUUCAAAGCUCAUAUGGAUCAGUCUCCACCAACAACUUUCUGUACAUUGGUGGAUCUAGGUGACAGAAGUUGUAAGGAGCUGGAUCUUGGAUUCCCCAUUGCCACACAAAUCAACGAGAAUGGGGAGUUUGAGUUUAUAAAAUCAAAUUUUGAAGAGUCUGAUGAAUAUGACAGCGAAGAUGAAUAUUUCCGCAAAAUAGGAUUGCCUGAUUGGCCAACAGAGAGAGUGUUGAACGAUAACGAGGUGAAGGUAUCAGAAUUUCAAGAUCACAAGAUUCUUCUGUAUUUGGGAAUGGUAUAUUGUGGUUACAACCAAUUUGCUACAAAUAGAAUGCUCAUGGACUUGAAUAUUGUGAAAGUUGCCGUAAUGAGUGUACCCUACCCGGAGUCCAUGUGCAAAUUCUUCUACAUAGUGUUUCAAGACGUGAACGGGAGGAACGGGGCGCGUUUCGAACGCAAAGCUAUUGUCAGGAGUUUCAUCAACAACUCUACAGGGUACUUGACACUCACCGGUCGGUUUUUGAGUGCAGAAGAAGCUUCACGUAAGAAGCCAUCUCCCAAGCUGAGUAUCCGUGCGCGGAGCUGGCUUAAAGUGGCUGAAUCCGAUGGUUUUGAUAUUGAGGAUGACUCAAUAUGUCACAGAACCAUCAGGAUGUCUUCCAACAGCAAUCCAGAAUGGUUUAAGGAUGAUUCUAAGGUCAUCCUUUAUGCUAAGGCGGGACUUCAUCGUUACAAUAUACUCAAGGGGACAAGGCUCGAGCUCUCUGCCGUGAUGAAGUUCAACAAAACAAUGAACUGUGUGUCCUCUUACUACAUAACUCUGGUUGCACGAGAUCUAGAUGCAGCUGCCGGGUCAAAGGAGGAAACCUUUCAGGUUCGAGUGGAUGAACAAAGUUUUGGAAAAUUGGAUAUGACUGUCUCUGUUGCCAGGCGUAAAGACGAAACAGGGACCAGCAAGAAUAAGAUGCCCUUCAUUCCUCAUUUUCAUGCAGACGGAGUUCCGGAUUCCUACAAGCGUGAAUUGCCUAAAUGGCCAUCAAAAUCUGCGUUGAUGGAUCGAGACAGAUUUUACGUGGUGAAUGAGUCAGAGAUACAAGACAAUGAUUGGAUUCGUCUUUAUCUGGAACUAGCAGUUUGUGUAGAUGGUUAUGGGCGGACUACAAAGACUGAUCUGGCCAAGUUGCAGAUUACAGAAGUGGCAAUAGAAGCUUUGGUAGAAGUGGAUCCGCCGAGUGAGAGACUCAACGCCAAAAGUGCAAAUUUCUACAUAACGUACAAAGGCUGGUUCAAGCAGGAGAGUACUGAGGCUGGUGACAUGGAAGGCAAAGCUACCAUUAGGAAAGUCCUCAAUGAGGAUAUAGGAUACUUGACUCUCCUGGGUCGGGUUACUAAGCCGACUCUUUGUAAGAAGAGGAAGAGGAAGAAGGCUCAACAGGCUUGA